UAUCUUGCUGUACUGCGCCCCGGUUCCGCGGUAUUUAUCUUGCAGCUUCAUGCUCUUGCGGAGUAUGUCCUCUUUCUUGAGAAGCUCCCCGAUCACCAGGUUGUAGUAUCGGAAACGGACAAGCAAUGAUGUCUUCCUCUGCGACGGUCCCUCUCGCGUGAUCGACGCCUUUACAACUGCUCUACUUGGUGUGUUCUUUAACUGGGGUCUCCUAGGAGUCUUAACGCUACAAUGCUAUUCAUAUUACGACAACUUCAAGACAGACCGACUCUCCCUUAAAUUUCUCGUGCUCAGCGUGCUCAUCUACGAGUGGGUGCAAACCGGGCUGAUCACGGCAGCCGCGAUGCAGAUCUAUGUGUACGACUACGGGAACGUCAUCUCGAUGCUCGCCUUCCACAACACCUGGUUCUCCGCGACGAUCAUGUGCGGGCUCAUCUCGGCCGUCGUGCAGACAUUCUUCGCGUGGCGGAUCUUCAAGUUGUCGCGGUCGCGCGUGCUCGGCAGGUCCAUGGCUGCGUUCAUUCUCGCCCUCGCGGUCAUGCAGAUGGUUGCAUGCAUGGUCACGGGAGCGAAGGAGAAAGCUGAGGGCAUUGCGUCUGCACUGCACGGGCAGCUGCUUACCGCCGCCAUCCUCUGGCUCGCGGGCGCCGUCGCGGUUGACGUGCUGAUCGCCGUAUGCAUGACCUACUUGCUCAUGAGGAGCAAGACCGGUAUAGCAUCAACAGACGCGCUCAUCAACAGGAUGGUCCGCCUGGUGGUUGAGACAGGCACUCUGACUGGUAUGUCUCCCCUGUUCUUCGCGUGUCAGCGAUCCGACAGGUCCUUCCUGCAUGAGACGCUAGUCUAUGAGGCGCCUGCGCUUAUCCUCACGAAGAUGUACUCGAACACAUUCCUUACUAAUCUCAAUAGUCGCGUGUACCUACGCAAGUACGACAAAUCCACAGUCGAACUCCCGCCGGUGAGCGGGUCCGCCCACACGAGCACCGUGGAGAUGGCACAGAAGAGCUUUGCCCUCGCGGGCGCACUCGAGAGCAGCCGUAACACGGGGCCGUGAUGCACCGGAGGGACGCGGGCACAGAGAGCGACGACACGGUCUCUGAGAAGUCAGAGAAGCGUAGGCAGCGGCGGAACUCGAUCGUGUAAAUGAUGUGGACUCCUCUGUAGUCGGAUGGUCUCUGGUGGAGUAUUGUUCGAGGCCGUGGCUAAUGGGGAAGUGCACAGAUCCGCCCGUGGACUGAUCCUCCAAGUCUGUCCAUGUGAAGCGAGUGUCAUGGAUGUUCCGUGAGUGGUGAUUGUGAUAUGGCGCUGCCGUAAUGUUCUCUACAUAUGUGCUGUUAUCAGGUACUAUACUAUGUAUUCUACGCGAGCAGGAAUGCAGCUCAACGCGAGAGACGACGAGGAGACGCGAAGGACGCGUUUACACGGUACACGUGACCGUAGGUCGCGGUCGCCAUUGCUGGCAGCCACAAGCAGCUCCCCGAUUCACCUCGUCUCCAC